AUGUCGAACCCGUCCAAGGAGCGCAUUAACCCGUUGGAAGUCGAACACGCUGGACACAAACCCGUUGAACGUCAAACCCGUUGGACGUCGAACCCGUCCAAGGAGCGCAUUAACCCGUUGGAAGUCGAACACGCUGGACACAAACCCGUUGAACGUCAAACCCGUUGGACGUCAAACCCGUCCCAGGAGCGCAUUAACCCGUUGGAAGUCGAACACGCUGGACACAAACCCGUUGAACGUCAAACCCGUUGGACGUCGAACCCAUCCAAGGAGCGCAUUAACCCAUUGGACCCAACCCGUUGGACGUCAAACCCGUCCAAGAAGCCCAUUAACCCAUUGGACCCGAACCCGUUGGAUGAGCCCAUUAACCCGUUGGGAGUUGAACACGCUGGACCCAACCCGUUGGACGUCAAACCCGUUGGACGUCAAACCCGUCCAGGAGCGCAUUAA